AUGGACAGGCCUGUUUCCACCGAGAGGGCCUCCAUUGUCGGAACAGGUGGCACUCCCAAAGUCCAUCCAGAUGACUUCUACAUGCGGGGCUUCAGGUCCCAAAAUGGCAGCUUAGGAUCCUCGGUCAUGGCUUUAGGGCCCCCUCGAAGUGAAGGUUUUCACCAUGUAACCUCAACCCCCAGAGCCCCAAAGAUGGGGGUUAGGGCAAGGAUUGCAGACUGGCCCCCAAGGAAGGAAAAUGUCAAAGAAUCUAGCCGUUCAAGCCAGGAAAUAGAAACCUCAAGUUGCCUUGAGAGCAUGUCCUCCAAAAGCAGCCCUGUGAGUCAGGGAAGUUCUGUUAGCCUCAACUCCGCUGACUCAGCCAUGUUGAAAAUCAUACAGAACAUGCUGAAGAGCCAGACGAGACCUUCGGAGACCAUGGACUCCAGAUUUCUCAUGCCUGAAGCCUAUCCCACCUCUCCCAGGAAAGCUCUUCGCAGAAUACGGCAGCGGAGCAACAGCGAUAUUACCAUAAGUGAACUGGCCAUGGAUAGCUUUGAUGAAUGUAUCUCACCCACAUAUAAGACUGGACCAUUGCUGCACAGGGAGUAUGGUAGCACAUCUUCAAUUGAUAAGCAGGGAACUUCCGGAGAAAGCUUUUUUGAUUUAUUAAAGGGCUACAAAGAUGACAAAUCUGAUUGAGUUCCAACCCCAACCAAGCUCAGUGACUUUCUCAUUGCUGGUGGAAGCAAGGGUCCUGGUAUCUCCUUGGAUGUUAUGGAUGGACCCAUCUCACAGAGGGAGAACAUCAGGCUCUUUAAGGAAAGGGAAAAACUACUCAAGUGCUGUUCCAAGUCUGAAACUGGAGACUCAUCCAUUUUUCAUAAAUUAUGCAAUGCCAAAGGUGAUGAACUUGGGAAAUCAUCAGAUCUUGAAGAUAACCGAUCAGAAGACUCUGUCCAGCUGUGGACAUGUCCAAAGUGCUUUGCCCAUUAUGAUGUCCAGAGUAUAUUAUUUGAUUUGAAUGAGGCAAUUAUGAACAGGCACAAUGUUAUUAAGAGGAGAAACAUCACCACGGGAGCUUCAGCAGCUGCUGUGGCAUCCUUGGUCUCUGGACCUUUGUCCCAUUCAGCCAGCUUUAACUCCCCCAUGGGCAGCACCGAGGACCUGAAUUCCAAAGGACACCUCAUCAUCACCUGGGGAGAUGAUAAAAGCAAUGAGCUUGUAAUGAGCUGUCCGUAUUUUUGGAAUGAGAUAGAUGGAGAAGGUGAAAGGAAAAUAAGCCUGCCAAAAUCAAAUUCUGGUUCCUUUAGUGGAUGUGAAAGUGCCUCCUUUGAGUCUACCCUUAGCUCUCAUUGCACAAAUGCAGGAGUGGCAGUACUUGAAGUGUCCAAGGAAAAUUUGGUAUUGCAUCUAGAUAGAGUGAAAAGAUACAUUGUGGAACAUGUGAAUCUUGGUGCAUACUAUUAUAGGAAGUUUUUCUAUCAGAAAGAACACUGGAACUAUUUUGGGGCUGAUGAGAAUCUUGGUCCAGUGGCUGUAAGCAUUCAAAGGGAAAAACCAGAAGAAAUGAAAGAAAAUGGAACACCAUACAACUACCGAAUAAUUUUUCAAACUGGUGAGCUCAUGACACUGAGGGGUGCAGUCCUGGAGGAUGCCAUUCCCUCAACGGCAAAGCACUCGACAGCCAGAGGGCUUCCCCUGAAAGAAGUGCUGGAGCACGUGAUUCCUGAGGUCAGCAUCCAGUGCCUGCGGCUGGCCUUCAACACUCCCAAAGUCACAGAGCAGCUCAUGAAACUGGAUGAACAAGGGCUGAACUAUGAGCAGAAAGUAGGCAUCAUGUACUGUAAAGCUGGGCAGAGCACCAAAGAGGAGAUGUACAACAAUGAAUCAGCCAGCCCAGCCUUUGAGGAAUUCCUUCAGCUGUUAGGAGAACUUGCUCAGCUCAAAGGAUUUGAGAAGUAUCAUGCACAGCUUGACACCAAAACUAACUCCACUGGAACCCAUUCUCUGUACACAACAUACAAAGAUAAUGAAAUUAUGUCCCAUGUUUCUACUAUGCUUCCAUACACACCUAACAAGCAACAGCUCCUACGCAAGCGACACAUUGGAAAUGAUAUUGUAACAAUAGUUUUCCAAGAACCAGCAGCAGAGCCAUUCAGCCUGAAAACCAUCUGUUCCCACUUUCAGCAUGUUUUCGUCAUUGUCAGGGUUCACAAUCCCCGCACUGACAGUGAUUACAGUGUUGCCAUCACCAGGUCUAGAGAUGUGCCUUCCUUUGGGCAUCCCAUCCCCAAAGGGAUCACCUUCCCUAAGUCUAAUGUGUUCAGGGGCUUCCUUUUGGCCAAAGCAGUUAAUGCAGAAAAUGCUGCUCACAAAUCAGAAAAGUUCCAGGCCAUGGCAACUCAGACCUGCCAGGAAUACCUGGUAGACCUGGCAGAAAAGAAUGUCACCAACACCCCUAUUGAUCCUUCUGGCAAGUUCCCGUUCAUCUCUCUGGCCUCCAAGAAGAAGUCCAAACCACAUCCAGGAGCUGAGCUCAGUAGCAUGGCCAUUGUGUGGGCAAUUUGGGCCAAAGACUACAAGGCCAUGGAAAUUGACUGCCUUUUGGGAGUCUCCAAUGAGUUCAUCAUUCUCAUUGAACAAGAAACAAAGAGCAUAGUUUUUAAUCAUUCCUGCAGAGAUGUGAUUGGGUGGGCUUCAACUGACAACAGCCUCAAAAUCUUCUAUAAGUGAGGAGAAUAUAAUUCUGUGGAGAGUUUCAUUAAUGAGGAUAUCAAAGAGAUUGUCAAAAGGUUGCAGUUUGUCUUAAAAGGUUGUGAAUUGGUGGAGAUGACUCUGCAGAGGAAUGGACUAGGACAGCUUGGCUUCCAUGUCAACUACGAGGGCAUUGUGGCUGACAUGGAACCCUAUGGCUACACCUGGCAGGCAGGGCUGCAGCAUGGCAGCAGACUGGUGGAGAUCUGCAGGGUAGCAGUGGCCACUCUGAGCCAUGAGCAGAUGAUCGACCUCCUGAGAACAUCUGUCACAGUGAAGGUGGUCCUCAUUCCUCCCCAUGAUGACUGCACCCCAUGAAGGAGGUGCUCUGAAACCUACCGCAUGCCAGUGAUGGAGUACAAAAUGAAUGAAGGAGUUUCCUACAAACUCAAGUUUCCCUUCCGAAAUAAUAGCAAGUGGCAGAGGAAUGCCAAUAAGGGGACUCAUUCCCCGCAGGUUCCAGCCCAGGUGCAGAGUCCCAUGACCUCGUGGCUGAAUGCUGGGAAAGGAGACUGGAAGAUGCCUCCUCCAGAAAGAGCUGCCAACAUUCCUUGAAGCAUCUCCAGUGAUGGGUGCCCACUAGAGAGGUGGCUUUCUCCUGUUUCAGACAUCUAUAAGAUGGUCUCAUCCAUUGCUUUAGCAAGAUCCCAGCAGUGCCGUAAAUUCCCUAGCAACCAGUCUUCAUCCAGGGAGACUGGCUCUGCUGGGGGCACUUACAGACAAAAGUCCAUGCCAGAAGGGUUUGGAGUGAGCUGCAGAUCUCCAGCCUCCAUUGACAGGCAUAACACCCAGUCGGACAUUGGUGGCAGUGGAAAUUCCACACCCAGCUGGCAAAGAAGUGAGGACAGCAUUGCUGACCAGAUGGAGCCAACAUGCCAUCUCCCAGCAGUAUCAAAGGUACUGCCAGCUUUCUGAGAGAGUCCCAGUGGGAGAUUAAUGUGGCAGGAUCCAGUGUUUCAUUUGUCUCCAAACAAACAAGGACAUUCUGAUAGCCACUACUUGAGCCACUCCAGUAGCAAUACCCUCUCCAGCAAUGCAUCGAGUGCCCACAGUGACUAGAAGUGGUGUGAUGGAGACCACACUGAAUCCAAGCUCAACAGCUAUACCUAUCUGCAAGGCACCUCUGCUGACAAAGGCAUCGACAUCACUUCCUAUGGGCCCAGCCAUGGCAGCACAGCCUCCCUGGGAGCAGCUACGUCAUUGCCUCACUCGGGGCCAGCCAAGGAGAAAGUGACUCCCCUGUGGCACAGCUCCAGUGAAGUGAUCUCAUUAGCAGAUCAGACUUUAGAGACAGAGAGCCACUGCUUGGACCAGAAAAUGUCUUCCCUGAGCUUAGAUAUCCACAGCAAGAGCCAAGCAGGCAUGAACCCUCUGACAAGGGAGAACAGCACUUUCAGUAUAAAUGAUGCUGCUUCCCACACAAGUACCAUGAGCUCCCAACACUCUGCCAGCCAAGUAGUUUUCACCAGUGCCAGAAGUUCACCCAAAGAGGAGCUUCAUCCUGCCACUUCUGCACAACUCGCCCCCUCCUUCUCCUCCUCCUCCUCAUCCUCAUCUGGGCCCAGAAUGUUCUAACCGCACCAGGGCACUACUAGCAAGUACCUGAUCGGAUGGAAGAAGCCUGAAGAAACCAUAAACUCUGUGGGAUUUAUGGACACAAGAAAGCACCAUCAGAGUGAUGGCAAUGAAAUAUCCCACACCAGGCUGUGUGCCUCAACCAGGGACCUUGGGGCAUCCCCUAAGCCAACCUCCAAGUCCACCAUUGAAGAGGAUCUAAAGAAACUGAUUGACCUUGAAAGCCCAACUCCUGAAUCGCAGAAGAAUUUUAAGUUCCAUGCACUCUCCUCUCCUCAGUCUCCCUUCCCUACCACCCCCACCUCAAGGCGGACCUUGCACAGAACCCUGUUAGAUGAGAGUAUUUACAGCAGCCAGAGGGAGCACUUCUUCCCCUCGAGGGCAUCACUUCUGGACCAAGCCUUGCCCAAUGACAUCUUCUUCAGUAGCACGUACCCUUCUCUCCCCAAGUCUCUUCCCUUGUGGAGGCCUUCUUACACCUUAGGAAUGAAGUCGUUGCACAGAGAGUUCUCAGCCUCGGGCAGCUCCCUUACUGACAUCCAAGAGACCAGAAGGCAGCCCAUACCCGACCCUGGCCUGACGACCCUGCCUGAUGCUGCUGCAGAUCUGGAUUGGUCCAACUUGGUGGAUGCUGCCAAGGCCUAUGAGGUCCAGAGAGCCUCAUUUUUUGCUGCUAGUGAUGAAAACCAUCAUCCCUUGAGUGCUGCAUCCAACAGCGAUCAGCUCGAGGACCAGACUAUGGCCCAGAUGAAGUCUUCCAGCAGUAAAGAUUCCUCUCCCACCCUGGCUUCUAAAGUGGACCAAUUGGAAAAUAUGCUGAAGAUGCUUCAGGAAGAUUUGAAGAAGGAAAAAGAAGACAAAGCCCACCUUCAGGCUGAAGUUCAGCACUUGUGGGAGGACAAGUUGAGGUUGCAGGAGGAGUCCCAGAAUGCCUCAGACAAGCUGAAGAAGUUCACGGAAUGGGUCUUCAAUACAAGACAUGAGCUAGGGAAGGCUGCAGUGGAAAGAAAAGGGGGACCCUGGGGUGUGCUCUCCAGUGAGUGCUUUGAAGCCCCUUGUUCAUGCCAGUGA